AGGGCUGUGCAUUUGUUGAGAUAAAUUAUCUUAUCUGCUCCUUACGCUGUCUUAUUUUCAAAAAUCUCACUCCCUUUGGCUCUACACCUUACAUUUGAGGUUGAUAAUUACCUUAAAACAAACAAAUUAAUCAGCUACUCGUUUCCAUUAGGAAAACUUUCUUUGAUUUCUAGAAACCAAAUACAAAUCAGCUGUUUCUCAAGAUCAGUUUACUUUGUACACAAUAAUGUUUGUUCUUUACACUAGUCCAGCAUAGCAUGUAUCCUUGUUUCCAUAUGAUCACUCGUACUCCUCAAAGUGAAAUGUAUUCACCUCACCAAGCUCGACAAAUCGUGUAAGGUUGUGUUGAUUCUUCCGAGAAUGCGUCCAAUGAGUCCUGUUUCACAUUUACGCCGAGUGUAAUGGUUGUUCUUGUUUCAGGUGGGAACAUGAUAUUGCCACUUCCAGAGAAUAAUGAUCUUGUUUGCUACUUUGUUGUCAAACACUCAUGGAAGGGAAAAUAUAAACGUAUUUUCUCAGUUGGAACGCAAGGGAUCACAACAUACAACCCAAAUAGUUUGGAGGUGACGAAUCGCUGGCCUUAUUCUGAUAUCAUCAGUAUUAAGGCCCUACCUCAAGGCCAUGAAUUUGCUAUUCACAUGAAAAAAGAAAAAGAUGGGAAGAAAGAUUCGAUGAGAUUCUCCACUGAAUACAGGUCCCAGUUACUCUCUGAUGCUUUGAAGUAUCGCCAUUUGUUUGAUGAAAAACCUCAAGAAAUUCUUAAAUAUGAAGCAUUUAAGCAUCAUUGGUCGGGAACAAAAUUACCCAUUGUGUUAGAAGUUACGCCGUACUCAUUGGAUCAGCUGGAUACUGCAACCAACCAGUUACUAGCCUCAUACUGUUUCUAUGAUAUUGAAUGCAUCCGAGAUGUCUCCGACGUUCCUACUGGAUUUGUUGUCGUGUGUAAAUAUGGACGAAUGCACUUUUUCUCCUGUCACAAAAAAGAAGACAUCAAGAAAAAAAUGCAAGAGGCUGCCCUCUAUUACCUUAAUGAUCGCAUUGACUUUUCUGCCAAUUCCAUUCUAGACCAGGAAGUAGUAGCCCAAAGAUUUGGACAGUUCAGUGGCGAUGAGCACAUAACAUCUAUGGCGGAAUUCACUGUCUCGAAAGUACAAAACAACAGACAUUCAGAAUCACAGCGCCGUCUGCUUUGUCUCAGUGAAACUUGCAUACUAGAGCGUGAUGUUCAAACUUAUAGUAUAGUUACACUAAGGCCUUUAUCGGAUAUUUUUGCUCUUAUUAGGGAUCCUUCAAAUCCGCAGCUAUUUACAAUUGAAUACAUCAAUGGGAGUAAAAGGAGUUAUAAUGCUCCAAAUCGAGAUUCGUUAUUAGCUUCACUGAUGGAUAGUGUCAGAGCAUCUGGUAAUCGAGAUGUUCAUAUCAAAAUGAAUUUUACUGAUAGAGGAAAAAGACUGAGCCCUUUCUCUUACCCUGUCGAUGAAGAGGUGGAAACAAGUCAAUUAAAAUUUUUGCAUCAGCCACCUUCUAAAAAGUCUUUCAAUGAAAUAAUUGAGAGGUUUAAUUGUAACAUUCCGUACAGUGGCCUCUUGUACUCAAUCACUCAGGAUGGCUUAUUUACAGAAAAUAAAGACAAGUUAAUCAUAUUAGCUCUCCAGUCAGUUCUAAUAAAAGAAGGAGAUCAAACUGAGAUUUCAAAUAGUGAACUGGAGGCUCAGUUUCAAGCACUUAGGCGACUUGUGGCAUCUAAAAUUGGAUUUUCUGCUUUCACAACUUUGAAUGGAUUUCGAGAAGGCAUUGGAGUGAAAGUGGUUCGUGCCUUGAAACGAGAAAAUGAAGCCAUUACCCAUGCUGCUGUAGACAUGAUCUGUGCCCUCAUGCACCCAAUGCAUGAUGAUUGUGAUCUCCGCCAAGAACAAUUGAAUAAAUCAUCUUUGUUAUCAACGCAAAAGUUUUUGGAGCAGUUGCUGGAUAUGUGGAUGCACCAUGUUAACUGUGGCACUGGUGCGCUAGUAGUUUCCGUCAUGUUGGACUUUCUAACUUUUGCUCUUUGCAUACCAUACAGCGAAACUACGGAAGGAAAGCAUUUUGACGCUUUAUUAGAAAUGGUAGCUGAAAGGGGGCGAUCACUCUUCAAGCACUUUCAGCAUCCGUCUCUUACUGUCAUCAAAGGAGCAGGACUUGUCAUGAGAGCAUUAAUAGAGGAGGGAGAGGCGAGUGUUGCGACUCGAAUGCAAGAGCUGGCAUUAUCGGAGGGAGCUCUUCCUUGCCACUUACUGACUGCUUUGUAUUCCAGUGACUCCGACAGUCGAUUAUUAGCUCACCGACAACUUUCGAGGCACCUUGUUGGCUUGUGGGUCACCGACAACCCGAAAGCAAUGGAAUUACUUAGAAGAAUUAUGCCCUCAGGGCUGCUCGGCUAUUUAGAAUCUGAUGAAAGUGUGCCAAUCGGUGGGAAUGAAGAUGCUCUAUUCGUACGAGAUAAUUUAAAACUGGCCCAAGAUCAUGCCGCGCAAAAUCGUCGCAACCCUCACAUAAUCGCAAUCGAAAAGCGUGUUCGUCUCGUAGAAAAACAAAUUGAGCUUGCCUUAUUACAUUGGGGCGUAUCAAGAGGUUUUGAAAGGAAAGAAGACAAGCUUAAGGACAAACCAAUUGCUCUGCGAAAGAGGAGGGAGCGGGUCAAAAGUGUUGCCAAUUGGAAUCUAUUCUACUACAAGUUUGCUCAAGACCAUUCCUUACCAAACUUAAUAUGGAAUCACAAGACAAGAGAGGAAUUGAAAGAAAGUUUGGAGAACGAAAUUCGAUUAUUCAAAUCUGACUGUGAAAUAGCAAGGCACACCUUAAUGGCCUGGAAUCAUCAUGAAUUUGAAGUUCCCUAUAGAUGUUUACAAGGUGAAGUAUGCAUCGAUGGAUAUUACCUACGCAUCUUAUUAGAAAAGAAUGAUGCUCCUGAAACGCUGUUUAAGCAGUCUCAAGCAUUCUUCAACAAUCUGUACCACAAGUUCCUGUUGAAUAGCAAAACUGAAAUGAGGAGCAUGUGUUUGCAAGCCAUGGCCAUCGUUUACGGUCGUUUCUAUGAACAAAUUGGAUUUUUCAGCGACACUAGUCAUAUUAUCAACAUGCUAGAUAAAACUUUUGAUAGGACAGAGCGAGACCGGCUGUUGUUUUUCAUUGAUAAACUUAUCUUGAAUCGAGACAAUAUAAAAUCAAUUUUAGAUGCUAAUGGUAUAAAAAUCCUAGUUGACUUAUUAACUUUGGCGCAUCUCCACACAUCCAGAGCGGUAAUGCCUACCCAAACAAAUGUAAUUGAAGCUGGUCAGGAUAUGUUAAACAAAGAUAAUGAAAAAGAGUGGCACUAUGGAACAUUGAAAGAAAGCAAAGGCCCCAUCACUUUUCAAGAGCUGCAAGAAUUGUGGGUAAAUGGAACCAUCAAUCCAAAAACGAAAUUUUGGGCACAAGGUAUGGACGGUUGGGCAUCUAUACAUCAUAUCCCACAGUUGAAGUGGUGUCUUCUUGCCAAAGGCCAGUCUGUCAUGAAUGAAAGCGAACUUGCCUCGUUGGUAUUGUCCAUCCUCAUCAAAAUUGUGCAAUAUUUCCCUGGCAGAAAUGAAGAUGGAGCAGUAAUAUGGCCGAUUCCCCGUGUCAAGCGACUUUUAUCUGCACCUCAGUGUUUACCGCACAUCGUCCAACUCCUGCUGACAUUCGAUCCUGUUCUGGUUGAAAAAGUCGCUUCAUUACUGUGUGAAGUCGCAGUUGAUAAUUCCCAUACAUCCAAAUUGUAUUUGACCGGUGUCUUUUUCUUCAUUCUCAUGUACACUGGAUCAAAUGUCUUGCCCAUCGCCAAGUUCCUACAGUUGACCCAUACAAAGCAAGCCUUCAGAGCCUUAGAUGAGGCGCCAUCUUCGGAGCUGAUGCAAAGGAGUGUCCUUGGGCCUCUUCUACCAGAAGCAAUGGUUUACUACCUUGAGAAUCAUGGUGCUGCAAAGUUUGCUCAAAUAUUUUUAGGAGAAUUCGACACACCUGAGGCCAUUUGGAAUGCAGAAAUGAGACGGUUAUUAAUAGAGAAAAUUGCUCUUCAUAUUGCUGACUUUAGUCCACGCUUGAAAGGAAACAACCGAGCUAUGUAUCACUAUUGUGGCAUUCCUGCAGUGAGGUAUCCUCAGUUGGAUAAUGAGCUGUUCUGCAACAUAUUCUACCUGCGUCAUUUAUGUGACUCGCUUCGCUUUCCUGAUUGGCCCAUCAAGCAUCCUGUGCAACUGCUCAAAGACGUGUUGGAAGCAUGGAAAGCAGAGGUAGAAAAGAAACCACCCGAAAUGUCUGUCGAUGAUGCGUAUGAAGCACUUGGGUUGAAAAGAGGAGAGCAUCAUCCAGAACCAACCAUUCGUAAAGCCUAUUACAAACUGGCCCAGCUUUAUCAUCCUGACAAAAAUCCUGGCGGAAGGGAAAAGUUUGUUCUGGCUAACAAAGCUUAUGAUUUUCUCUGUAGUCGUAACUCAUGGUUAGACAAUGGUCCUAACCCUAAUAAUAUUGUCCUUAUUCUCCAGACUCAAAGCAUUUUAUUCGGCCGAUAUUCCUCAGAGCUACAACCAUACAAAUAUGCUGGUUAUAAACAACUGAUCAAAACAAUUCGAUUAGAAACGGCUGAUGUUCAGUUAUUCUCGAAAUCCACAAUGAUACUCACUGCUGCCAGUGAACUUGCCUACCAUACUGUAAAUUGCUCGGCUCUCAAUGCAGAAGAAUUGAACAGGGAACAUGGAUUCAAUGACUUAUUGGAUGCAUUCUCACGCUGUGCAUCAGUCUUAAGUCAAUCUUCAAAACCAACCGACAUGGCAGUCAAUGUUUGUUUGCAUUGCACACGCUGUUUCAGCGUUGCAGCUCAGUUUACCGCAUGCCGAGAAUCAUUCAUAAAAAUGCCACAGCUCAUCUCCGACCUAGUGAGAGUGCUAACUUUCAAGAAUUUGCCAAAACUAUGCAGCGAAGUGGUUGACUGCAUUGGGUCUUUCGCAGGAGAUGCUAGGCUCCAAUCUCAGCUUCUGAAGACGAAGAUUCUAUGGCAUCUGAUCAGCUUUUUGUUCAAUUAUGAUUUCACUCUUGAAGAAUGCGGAGUAGAAAGAUCGGAAGAAGCCAAUAAUCAAGAAGUUUGGAACAAACUGGCAAAAACAUCUGUCAAAGCUCUUGCAAGGUUAGGAGGUUAUUUGUCUGGUCAGCUAGCAUCUCCAGAAAAUCCACAGGUCCAGGGAGUUCUUUCAUGCUUGCUAACUCCUUUCCUUGCUCAAAAAUUCCGGGACGAUGAACCAGAAGAGCUCUUGAAACUUCUGACAAGCAACAGCGAAACUCCUUACCUAGUCUGGAACAACACAACUCGGGCAGAGCUGAACGACUUCCUGGAACAGAGGAUGAGCAUCCGAGGAGAAGAAACGCUACAGAAAGUUGAACUUGGGUAUUCUAGUCAUGCCAAUGAGCUCAUCAUUGGCAAUAUUUUCAUCCGAGUUUACAACAACCGUCCAACUUUCGUUAUUCAGGAUCCAAAGAAGUUCAUCCUUGACUUACUGACUUAUAUCAAAGCAAACAUUCCUAAAAGCCAUCAACCAGCGGAUACCCAACAGCUGACAAACGUCUGCAUGGCUCUCCAUGCACUCAACAACAUUAUACUAAACAAUCCUGGUCUUGAAAUUCAAUGCAUUGGACACUUUGAUCUAUUGUUCUCUCUGCUUUACAUGGAUAACUAUCGUCUGCUACAAGAUAGCGCACUUACUGUGAUCAGCACCUUAACGCGCAAUCAUGAAUGCGUGAAUGAUAUUUCCGGCAGUGAUAUCCUAGUCUAUCUCCUGCUUGCUCUUUACUCUUUACCUGACCAAUACUCAACCUCAGUAGAAAUAAUGUAUGCACUGGCAACAAACUCAAAUAUUGUGAAAACUUUCCUUUCAAAAGGGGGCUACCUUUAUUUGCUGAAUAUAUUGUGCAAUUCAAAUGAUGUGAACAUCCGAAUUAAAGUUGCGGAGCUAUUUGGAAGACUUUGCAGCGAUAAAUUAUCUGGCCCAAGAAUCAGGCUGACUCUAGGUCAAUUUUUACCAGCUGCUAUUUGUGAUGCAAUGCGUGAUGCCCCUCCCUCUUGUAUUCAGUUACUGGAAAGUAAUCAGGAAAAUCCUGAACUUGUGUGGGAUGCAAAUUCACGGAAACACGUGUUUGGCACCGUCAGUCAGUUGGCAAAACAGCAUUACACCAAGCAAAGAAUGAAUCCAAUGGGAGCGCACAAGAUUCCUGAUCCAGGUCCUCUACUAAAAGACGCUGUCAAUUCUAAUGAAAUCGUAGUUGGUGGUGUCUACCUGAGGUUAUUCAAUGCCAAUCCCGGUUGGAAUCUGCGCAAACCUAAAGAGUUUCUGACAGAAUUAUUGGACAACUGCCUAUCCCUGAUGACAAAAGAUGAAGUCAACUUUGAAAUGUUAAAUGUGAUGACAACCGCUGUGGUAAAUUUGCUGCAAGCUCAACCUAACUUGGCAGACCAGGUACCAGCGCUGGGACAUAUCCCAAGAAUAUGUCUUCAUUUGAAUUCAACAAAGUCCGUCUCAGUUCCAAAGUCUGUCAUCAGGAUUUUGCACCAACUUGCUUUAAGCGAGGUUUGCGUCUGGACCUUAUCACAAACAGACUGUCUUGGACCCAUGAAAAAAGCAAUGUCCUCUUACAGUGAACUAAUCAAUAUCUCCUGCGAGACGCUAAGUCGAAUAUUCUCUGCUAAAAAGGAUACCCUUGUUAAACAGGCCUUGGAUGUCCAGUUGAUCCCAUUUCUCCUUGAACUGCUUGGAGGACGCUUAGAUGGCUGUGACAACGCUGCGCAAACCAAAGCCCUCAUAGUCAAAGCCUUAAAAACAAUGAUGCUGAGUUUAGCGCAUGGAAAUACGGUCAUUUCAUUACUUGAUCGAUCCCCAGUCUGGGCCUCAUAUAGGGAUCAGAACCACGACCUUUUCAUCACAAACGCACCUUCCAACAACUAUCUAACAAGUGGUGUUCCAACCACAGCUGGUUAUCUUACUCAGGGUGACUCUCAGCAAUUACCCACCAUGCCUCCUCCUCUUGACCGCGAAGACAGGUGAAGUUAUGAACUAAUUCUUUAUUUUUAUAACCAAAGUGUAACUAUGUUUGUAUUCUUUUUGUAUCAUAGCUUUACUUUAAGUUUGUAUGUUGCUGAAACUGUAUAAUAUUUGAACAAUAUUACCGUGCCCGUUGAUUAUUUAAUGUUUAAGAUUUCUAACUUCCCUUUGUCUUUCGCUAAAUGCCAUUUAAAAGGGACAACUCUUUAGAAUUAAGUUUUUUUCUACACAGUGCAAUGGAAUAAAAUUCUGCUUGCACAACCGUAUCAAACUUCAAGUUUUUGGUAGAUUAAAAAUCAUGUUAGCUCCAAAGUUUAUCAAAUAUUUUCUCUCCCUCUUCAAAUGGGUGUAUAUCUGCACCUUCAAGAGAAGUGUUUCCUUAUCAAUGGUUUUUGAUGUUCUGUUCCUUGGGGCUACAUUUUUUCAAAUGAAAAAUACCCUGUGCCAUGUAUUUUUGAACAUUUUUUUUCAGACUUAUAAAAUGAAUUUCAUCGCACACAAAAUAUGGUGGAAUGCGUCAUUUUGGACAUAAUUAGAGUUUUGUUCCUAAAAAUUCAAUAUUUUUUCCCACAUGCAAUCCUUCCCCUCCACUCUCUAAUCGAAUUUCAGAGAAACGUUCAACUUUAACCUAAUCAUUGAUGAAAAGUAGACUCGGAGUAUUUUGUUCCCCCAAGCCCUCAAGUCAGAUUGUUAGUUCUGAUGGUUUUUAUUUUCCCUUAUCUCCUUCAUCUCUUAACGGAUGAUAUCUCUUAGAUGCUUGCCCUCUAUUCAAAAUCAGUCAAUGAUACCCGCCUUAUUCCCCCCUUCCAAAAAAAGAAAGAAAAAAAACUUGAUGUGAUAACAAGCCCUGUGAUAAGAUCAUUUUCCUAUCUGGUGUAGAGUCUCAUUUUUUUUUACUUUUAUAAUUAAAUUUGCACAAGCUAAAAGCAAAAUUUUAGUUUUCAUUAGUUGAGGCGUUUUUCUGUAGGUGUCAGAAAUUGAUGGCAAUGGUUUAGAUCCAUCUCUCGUCUGUUUAAUCUGAAAUUAUAGGGAAAAUUCAUCAUCAUCUAGAAUUUAACUUUUGAAUUGAAGAAGCCGUCUCUUCAGUAUUGUUAGCUGUUGUAUUCUAAGAUAACUAACAUCAAUGCAAGUGCUGGAGAAUCAAACUCUUAAGACUACAAAAUGUAAACGUAUAUGACUUAUAAUGAUUUACACCGGGAUGCUAUUAAGCUUCCUCAGAAGAGUUAUUCAAAAAUGUUUGUAGUGUCAGGACCCCCUCCUCAAGCUUAAUUGAAAAUAGAGGAUUACUACUGCUUACUGAAUAUGGAACAAGAGAAAUGACAGGGGUCUUUAUAAAAUGAACUCACAUAUAGCAUGAAUACACACAGGCUUGAAGGCUUCGUUUUUAAAAGUUGAGACAUUUUUUACCAAAUAAUUUUUUAAUUUUGUGCUGGAAUCAUACGAAAUUCUCGAAGAAAACUCAAUUUUUCAACUUACGUAUAUAUUUAGAUUGAGGCUCUGAUGCUUAUUUUAUCUUGAAUUAAAGACUAACAUAAAUUAGAAACAAUUAGACAUUUUUUUUCUGUCUCGUUUUGGCAGGGCAAGCACUGAGUCCUAUAGGGUUCACAGGAUUUAUUUAAAAAUAUUCAUAACAUCCAGAAUUAUUGUUCCUUAAAUCAACACUCUUAUAAAGCAGUGUCAUUUAAUGUUAAUAAACAAAUUAUUUAGUUUCAUGGCAUUAUUAAUAUACCUUUGAAAUCAGCAUGAAUUAUUUUAUAAAACACAGCUUUCCCCUUUCAUAAAGUGUGCUGAACUUUUCAACUAAUUUUUUAGUUACAGUAUUACCUCGAUCAUCCAAUGAAUUGUGGUAAAGCCCGCACCAGAUAAUCAAUUAUGCUUAUGAACACACAAAAUACACACUGGAUAUGUUUGGCAUGACAACUAAAGUUAUCUGCCUGAAACUCUAUAUCUGUCAUCAUCGACUUGCUAGCCUCGUAGUUGGCAAAUAUCUCUUCGAGAGACAAAUAUUGGCGUUUCAGCGGUGCCACAUUACCACACCCGCUAACUUGAGCAACAGAUAAAUGAAGGCCGAAUAAUUGAGGUAUCACUGUAUAGUAAUUUGAAAAUAAUCUACACAAUUUAUGAAAGAGUGGCGCCUAAAAAAUCAGUCUCAUUAGCCAGAAAUUUACCAAAUGUAUUAGAUAGAGGAGGUCCUAACACAAAAAGUUUGUCUUAAGUAUACCCAGAAGUGCAUUUCUCCUAAAACCCAUUCUAAUUUCCAGUGAUGUCACUUUUUGGUAAUCAAUGCUGUCUUCUCUUUUAUUUUUUUCUUCUUCAAUUUUCAAUAAUCUUACUUAAUUUUGUAUUUUAUCAAACUAUCAGCUUCAUUGAUAAAAAAAAUUAUUGUUCAGACAGUCACUAUUAUCAUUUUAAGUAAUCAUAAGUUUUGUGCUAUGUGAAAAAGAAUACAAGCACACAACCCAAGUUAAUAUUGAUAAUAAUGAUAAUGAUUUCAAGUGUGAAAUAAUGUGAUAAAAACAUAUUUUUUGAGCCAUGUUCUAAAUAGCUGUAAGGCUUUUGCAUUAAUCUUUUAUAUUUAAUCUGUUAAUUUGUAUCAAAGAAUUUAAUGUUAUGUUAUGGAUACCAUCCCUUUGUAUCAUAUUAAAGGCGCAAACAUAUUCGGUACCAAAA